AUGGCUCCUGGCCUGGAUCAGGAAUGGUGUGCCCAGCAGGAGCAGGGCAGUGAUUCGUCCCCUGUGCCCGGCUCUGGGAAGGCACAGCAGCGCCUGAAGGAGCGGUACCGGCUGGGCUCGCUGCUGGGCCGGGGCGGAUUCGGCAACGUCUUCGCAGCAACGCGGCUCUCGGACGGCGCCCCGGUGGCCAUCAAAAGGGUGCCACGGUACUGCGUCCAUCACUGGGGUGAGCUGGUGAGUGAGCGAGGUGCUGUGCUGGGCAGGGAUGAGCUGACGCCCGGCAGGCCCGACGGCACCAGCGCUCCCCUGGAGAUUGUGCUGCUGGACAAGGUGUCCAGUGGCUUCUCCGGCGUGGUCCAACUGCUGGAGUGGGUUGAGCUCCCCAACGACAUCUUCAUGGUGCUGGAGCGGCCGGAGCACUGUCAGGACCUGCACCAUUUCAUUCAAGCACGGGGCUUCCUGUCCGAGGAGGUGGCGCGGCAGCUGUUCCGCCAGGUGCUGGAGGCCGUGCGGCACUGCACCAGCUGCGGGGUCCUGCACCGCGACAUCAAACCAGAGAACAUCCUGGUUGACCUGGCCACCGGGCAGGCCAAAUUGAUUGACUUUGGCUGUGGCACCUACCUGCAAGAGACAGCCUACACUCACUUUGCAGGAACACCAUCAUACAGCCCCCCGGAAUGGACCCGCUUUGGCUGGUACCAUGGCGAGCCAGCUACCAUCUGGUCCCUGGGCAUCCUGCUGCACGAGAUGGUCUGCGGGAAGAUG